AUGUCCCGCCGCCUCCUAAUCCUCUACGGCUCCGAGACCGGCACCGCCGCCGACCUCGCCCACGAGCUCUCGCGCCUCGUCGAGCGCCACCACUUCCUCCCGACCUGCCUCGCGGCCUCGUCGCUCUCGCCGCCGGAAUCGCUGCCGUCGUGGCCGCUCGUGGUGUUUGUGUGUGCCACUACGGGGCAGGGCGAGAUGCCCGCGAAUGCGAAGGCGUUCUGGAGGUUCUUGCUCAGGAAGAAGAUUCCGCGCGAUUGGCUGAAGGAUACGUGCUUCACGACGUUUGGCUGUGGGGAUAGUACGUAUGCGGGGUUUAACUGGGCGGUGAGGAAGCUGCAUCGGCGGCUGCUGCAGGUGGGGGGUGUAGAGGUGGCGGAGAGGGGGGAGGGCGAUGAGCAGCAUGGUGACGGGAUUGAUGGCGCGUUCUUGCCAUGGUCGAGUAGGUUAUUGGAGGUCCUGCUGGAGCGAUAUCCGUUGCCGGAGGGCGUGGCGCCGAUCCCGAAGGAGGUGCUGCUGCCGCCAAAGUGGGUGCUGCAGCUUGACGAGGGUGCGCCGGAGGUAGUGGCGGCGGCGGGCGUGGAGGAGACGCAUGUGCCGCGGCCAGGCGCACUCGUCGGGGUGCUCAGUGCGAAUGUCAGAGUCACCCCCGAGACACAUUUCCAGGACGUGCGGCACAUCAAGAUCACGCUGCCCACGCCCGUCUCCUACGCACCGGGCGACACCAUCUCCCUCCUGCCCAAGAACCACCCCGACGACGUGUCCCACCUCCUCGAGCUGCAGUCCUGGCAGUCUAUCGCCGACCGCCCCCUCCAGUUACUCCCGAACCCCGAAGUCCCCACCGCCGCGCUCCCGCCAUCGCCGAUACCCUCCCCUGUGUCCCCGCUGACGCUCAGAACUCUCCUGACCCACCACGUAGACAUCACCGCCAUCCCGCGCCGCUCCUUCUUUUCCACAAUCGCGGCCCUUACUACUGACGAGACCCACGCAGAGCGUCUCCGCGAGUUCACGGACCCACAGUACACAGACGAGCUGUAUGACUACACCACCCGCCCGCGCCGCAGCAUCCUCGAGGUCCUGCAGGAGUUCUCGACCGUGGGCAUCCCCCUCGAUCGCGUCCUGGAGGUUUUCCCCCCGCUGCACGAGCGCCGUUUUUCAAUUGCUUCGCCGCCAACGACGAGGCCAGAGGUCGAGAUCCUCGUGGCCGUCGUCAAGUAUCGGACCAUCAUCAAGAAGAUCCGCGAGGGCGUGUGCACGCGCUGGCUCGCGGCGCUGCAGCCCGGCGCGGAGAUCACCGUGGCGUUUCAGCGCGGAGGGCUGGGCGAUGCGGCGGGGAGGCCGGCGGUCAUGGUGGCGCCGGGGACGGGGGUUGCGCCGAUGCGGGCGCUUGUUGGUGCGCGGGCGGCGAAGGGGGAGGAGGCGGAGGCGCUGCUGUUUUUCGGGUGUAGGAAUGAGGGGGCGGACUAUUUCUUUAGGGGGGAGUGGGAGGCGCUAGAGGAGAGGGGCGCGGUGAGGGUGUUUACGGCCUUCUCGAGGGAUCAGGAGAGGAAGAGAUAUGUGCAGCAUGUAAUCCGCGAGAAGGGGGAGGAGAUAUAUGAGGCGGUGGUGAGGAGGGGGGGCGUGGUGUAUGUGUGUGGGAGUAGUGGUAGGAUGCCGAGUGCGGUGAGGGAGGCGCUGGUGGAGGUGUUUGAGAGGUGGGGGGGCGUGGGGAGGGAGGAGGCGGAGGAGAUCUUGAAGGCGUUGGAGACGGAGGGGAGGUGGAGGCAGGAGACGUGGGGGUAG